UGAAAGUUGAAAGCUCGUGGUUGGAAGCUUCGCGGGAAAUCCGUGAAAACAGAAGUCCGUCUUUUCCUGCACAAACCGAGACCGUUUUUUAACCUUCCGCUCGUUCACACCGACGCAACCGAGGAACACGAGCACGAUUCACGACCAUUUGCACUUUUAUUUGAGUUAAAAUCGACGCGCUGAGGUCGGUUUGUUGCAGCCUGUUGCGUUGAGCUAAAGCGGCUAACGCGGACCCGUGGUGGUUUUUUCUGCUGGCGGCGGAACCCGGCAGACUCUAUCCCCGCUCCUGGUGUCUCUGUCCCCGCUCCUGGUGUCUCUGUCCCCGCUCCUGGUGUCUCUGUCCCCGGCCUGAACGUGAACAUUUACCGGUGUGAGUAUGGCGGAGAGACCAGAAGACUUAAACCUGCCCAACGCCGUAAUAACCCGGAUUAUUAAAGAAGCUCUUCCUGACGGCGUGAACGUGUCCAAAGAAGCUCGAAGAGCCAUUUCUCAGGCGGCCAGUGUCUUCGUGCUCUACGCCACGUCCUGCGCCAACAACUUUGCGAUGAAGGCCAAGAGGAAAACCCUGAACGCGGGAGACGUGAUGGCCGCGAUGGAGGAGAUGGAGUUUGAGAGAUUUCUGGAGCCUCUCAAAGAAGCGCUCGAAGUGUAUAAAAAAGGCCAGAAGGGGAAGAAGGAGGUGUCCGAGCAGAAACGAAAGGACAAAGAAAAGAAACAGGACUCUGAAAACGACAAGAGCCGAGAAGAGGAGGAGGAAGAGGAGAGGAUGGAGGAAGAGCCAGACGUACCAGAUGCACCGGACGCAGCAGACGCAGAGGAGGACGAAGCCGAGAACUGAACUGAACUGGACCAAACCGAACCAAACCACUGCAAACACUCAAAAAAACCAACAUGGGUUUAAAGGACUUGAUUUCACAGUAGAAAUCUUAGUUUGUAUAAUUUUUUAUCUAGUUUCUUAGAUCAUUUAAAGGUGCACUGUGUAUCUUUUACGUUAGAGAGUCUGCCACCUGCUCGUCGUCAUGGAAAUGCAAUUGCUUUGACUGGAAUGUUCCACAGUAAGGCAUUAGACCGAUCUCUGGUGAAAAGAAAAUAACAACGUCGAGCCGAGUUACAGGUCCGAUUUGCGGAGCGGCGACGCUGCCAAGAGCGAGAAUUAUUACAUGUUUUGGAUUUGUUUUGAGAUUUUAAAAACCUCUAUGAUUGAAUAAAUAUGAGAUAAAUGGGUUUAAUGCCAUACUGUGGAACAUUUCUUCAUUUCUCGGCCUGCUGGUGUCACUCAGUUUUGUCCGUAAAUAGAUCAAGUUUAAUGCCGUACUGUGGGCCGUGCCAGGAAAAGCAACGACAUCUCCAUGCAGACAAAAAGACGGCAGACUCUUCAGAUAGAAAAGUUACGUAGUGCACCUUUAGUUUGCGAGUAAUUUUCUAACCAAUUUCGAUCUUUUUGCAGCGAAAUGGACUUUUUAUACUGGAAAUUUCCACGUCUUCCUAAAAGUUCUGUGUUUCUGAGCCGAGAAUCAACUUCACAUUUUGAUAAACGCUUCCGUUAAAGCCGCACUGUGUAACUUUUCUGGUAGACGGGACCCUCCAGUUACUCGUCUCCAUGGAGAAUGCAGGUUUUUGAAGGUAUUUUUGAGCAAUAAAAACACUCGUAAUUGAUUAAAUGCGUCUUUAUACAAGUGUUAAUGCCAUAUUGUGGAACAUUACAGGUAAAGGAAAAGCAUCUCAACCGAAGCGGACCCCAAACCUGAAAAGAUACGCAGUGCACCUUUAAAAUAAAACAGAAAAGAACAGGCAAAAUGAUAAUAAAUAAUUGAUACAUGUCAAUCCAUGUAUCAUUCGUUUGUUCGUUUUUCAAAAUAAAACCAAAAAUAAGAAAAUGAAAAAAACAACUCUUUUCUUCAUUAUUUGUCUCCAAAACCAAAAUGAAAAAAAAAAAAACGUAUAAUGAUUCGUGGUUUUAGUUUUCGAUUUUUUCUGUUUAAAUUAAUAAUGAAAAAACAGAUGACGAUGUUUCCCGUUUACGUGACUUAAACUGCGAACCAGGACUAAACCAGGACAAAAUUGGCCUCAGUCCUGGUCUCUGUCCUGGUCUGGUCGCAAUCUCAGUCCUUGUCCCAAUCUCAGACUUAGUUUAGUCCUGUUUCAGUCCUGGUUUAGUCUUGGUUUAAGUCACAUAAACGGAAAGCGGCUGUUUCAUUGUUCAUUUAAACACAAAAUCGAAAACUGAAAAAAAAAAACAAAUUAUCAGUUUUUUUUUGGUUUUGGAGACAAAUAAUGAAGAAAAUUGUUGUUUUUUCAUUUUCUUAUUUUUGGAAAAUGAAUGAUACACGGAUUCAUGUCUGAGUGUGAUUUAUAAAGAGCCUAAAAAGCACAAUAAAAUUCAGGCUAAAAUCUAAUUAUACAUUUUUUGUAAAGGUUUCUCUUUUAAUCGAUUUCAACAUUUAGUAAGUUUCAGGACUCAAGCACAUUUCGGUUCAUUUAAAGUGAAAGGAAAGUUAAACUGACUCAAACUGUUCUAGUUCUGUUUCAUGUUGAUAUUUAUACAUUUGUAAAAAAAUAAAAUAAAAAUAAAAUAAACUUUGUA